ACGACUUUAACAUUAUACAUAUUUUUUGUUGUGUCAUUAUACAUAUUUGGCAAUUUUGCAAAUUAAUCAAGUAAAUAAUAGCACACUUCACAUAAUGAGCGACGGAGGAGUGGGCAAUUGGUGUCUGAUUGAAAGCGACCCAGGCGUAUUCACAGAGCUGAUACGUGAGUUUGGCUGCGAGGGUGCACAAGUUGAAGAAAUCUGGAGCCUGGACAGUGAAUCGUUCAAGGAUCUGGAACCAAUACACGGUUUGAUAUUUUUGUUCAAAUGGGUGCAAGAGGACGAGCCUGCGGGCAAGGUGGUGCUAGACAGAGAUCACAUCUUCUUUGCCAAGCAAGUUAUUAAUAAUGCUUGCGCCACCCAAGCCAUCCUAAGUUUGCUGUUGAAUCUUAAUCACGAGGACAUCAAACUUGGUGAGACGCUGGUUAAUUUCAAGGAGUUUUGCCAGGGCUUUGACCCCUACAACAAGGGUUUAACGCUAAGCAAUGCCUCCCAGAUAAGAACCGUGCACAAUUCGUUUGCGCGACAAACAUUCUUCGAGCUAGACAUGAAGAAUCAACCAAAAGACGAGGAUGUCUAUCACUUUGUGGGCUACAUGCCCAUUGCCGGACGCCUCUAUGAGCUGGAUGGCUUGCGAGAGGGCCCAAUAGAUUUAGGCGAAAUCAAGACGCAACAAAACUGGAUUGAUGUGGUGCGUCCUAUCAUUGAGAAGCGCAUGCAGCGCUAUAGUGAUGGCGAGAUACACUUUAAUCUGAUGGCUUUGAUCUCGGACAGGCAGCGCAUUUAUGAGCAGCAGAUUGAAAAGCUGCUGAACCCUGCUGCCAAUGCCAUGGACACGGCGGAUGAUCGUCAGGCUGAAAUUAAUAGCUUGCGCACAUACAUACAGUACGAGAUCGAGAAGAAGAAACGUUACAAGAUUGAGAACAUUCGACGCAAGCACAACUACUUGCCUUUCAUCGUAGAACUUUUAAAGAUGCUCGGCGAAACUGGACAGCUGAUGCCUAUUUAUGAGAAGGCCAAACAGCGGGCGCUCGAUCGCGAACAGAAGUUAACCAAGAAGGAGGCCAAUUAGCUGAAGCAUAUAAUAUCUGUCAAUAGCAUUACUGUUAGAUGGCUAGACGUAUUAAAUGUGUAACUCAUUAAAUAAUUUGGUCAACUGCCUUGUACUUUACUUUUACUACGUAUGUUUUUCAUAAUCGAUAUGUCUAUAAUUCACUGCAAGUAUAUAGUAACAUUAUUUGAACUGAACUGAAAUAAAAGAGCGACGAACACGUUUCCGCAAAGUCGAA